AUGAUAGCAAUAAGCACGGUGGCGCGCGUGUACUUCUCAGCUCCUGCUUAUAAGCGUCGCUUUGCCGGCAUCAAGUUGGCAGUUGAUCAGGAGCCUAGCAGUUUUGCGACGAAUCCGAAUGCUUCGAACGCCGAUUUCGAUCCCAUACCUCCCUCAAACCGCACCUGGACCUGGAAAGCUUAUGUUGCCUACUGGAUGGCAGACGCGUGGGCUGUUUCGAACUGGGAAGUAGCUAGCUCCAUGAUCGCUGGUGGUCUGAGCUGGAGAAUGGCCAUUGGUGCAUGUGUGCUCGGAAACUUCAUCAUGGGUGUGGUCAUUACGAUGAACGGCAGGAUCGGAGCACACCUCCACGUCCCAUUCCCCAUCAUUGCACGUGUAUCCUUCGGCUACUACUUCAGCUACUUCGUCGUGGUGUCACGUUGUGCGCUUGCAAUCAUCUGGCUCGGAGUCCAGACAGUCACUGGAGGCCAAUGUAUGGAGGUGCUUCUAACUGCGAUAUGGCCCAGCUACGCCAAGAUACCCAACCAGAUCGCCGCCGGCCAGGGUAUCGAUACGAAGGGGAUGGUCUCUUUCUUCCUCUACUUCCUUCUCCAGCUUCCAUUCCUUUGCAUCCCCUACACCAAGGUUCAAUACUUCUUUGGCUUCAAAUCCAUCAUCGCACCCAUCAUUUUCUUGGCUGUCUUCGGCCAUACCCUGCACAAGGCUGGUGGUACCAUCAGCAACAGUGCAAUCAUCACUGCCCCUCCGACGGUCAAAGGCUCUAUCUUGAUCUGGGCGUUCUUCUCCAACCUCAACUCGGUUCUUGGCAACUACUCUACUCUCGGUCUCAACAUUGCCGACUUCGCCAGAUAUGCAAACAAAAAGAGUGCUCAAAACUGUCAAGCGUUUGUUAUCCCCUUCAUCUUCACCAUCGUCGGUCUGCUAGGCAUCUUUACCGCCGCAGCGUCUACAGUCGCUUAUCCUGAGGAGGUUGCUAAGGAAGGCACACCUCUCUGGAACCCAGUCACCAUCGUCGGACUCUGGAGUGCGUCUGGAUCUUCAGCUGGGCGUGCUGCCUCCGCAUUUGGCGCCAUUGGCUUGAUCAUCGUCACCCUGGGUAUCAACAUCUCCGCCAACUCGAUCAGUGCUGCCAAUGAUCUGGUCUCCUUCUUCCCUAAGUACAUCAACAUUCGCCGUGGUCAGAUUUUGGCUGCUAUCAUCGGUGCCUGGCUUUGUGUGCCGUGGAAAAUCCUUGCUUCGGCCCAGAAGUUCCUUUCCUUCCUGAGUGGAUACACCAUCUUCCUUGGACCCAUGACUGCCAUCAUCAUGACAGACUACUACGUCACUCGUCGCGGCAACGUCUCGGUACCUGACAUGUACAGAUUCGAUGGCAUCUACCGCUAUUCUCCAAAGUAUGCGACCAACUGGCGUGCAGUCGUCUCACUCAUCGUCGGCUUUGCACCUCCUCUUCCCGGCUUUGUGGACAGCAUCGAUCAGGGCCACACCGGCGUGGCGCUCGCAGGCCAGCAUAUCUUCGCAAUUGGUUAUGGAUAUUCGUUUGUCGCUGCUGGGCUCUGUUACUGGGCUUUGAUGCGAUUCGUGCCAGAGCACGAGAGCAGAAUGGACCAUGAAGUCACCGGUGAAGAGAUUCUGAUUGCGAACGAUGAGAGAAAAGGAAGAUACUGGCACAAGGAAGAAAAGAAGGGCUUCUCGGUAAAGAGCUGGGUAUCAAGACGUACAGAUAGCGGGUCGAGUGUGGCUUGA